UCUGCGCGUGCCAGCGGAGCUCGGGGGUGCGCUUUGUGUUUGGGCGCGCGUCUGCGGCAGGGACAGAGCGGAGGACAGCGCCAGCGGAGUCCACCGGGCAAGGAGAAGCCAUGUACAGGAGAAAGAUGAGAGGCAUGUAUAUAUCUAAGAGGGCAUUAAGAAAACACUUUGAUCCCCGCAAUUAUCCACGCGAGACAUACCUACUCUGCGAGCUGCAGUGGCGUGGGAGUCACAAGUCUUGGCAACACUGGCUCAGAAAUGAUGAUAGUAAAGAUUGCCAUGCGGAAAAGUACUUCCUGGAGGAAAUCUUUGAGCCAAGAAGCUACAAUAUCUGUGACAUGACCUGGUACCUGUCCUGGAGCCCCUGUGGGGAGUGCUGCGAUAUAAUACAGGAUUUCCUGGAGGAGCAGCCCAAUGUGAACAUAAACAUACGCAUAGCACGGCUCUACUACGCAGACCGUGCAAGCAACCGCAGAGGCCUGAUGGAGCUUGCCAACUCGCCAGGAGUAAGCAUUGAAAUCAUGGAUGCCGACGACUAUAAUGACUGUUGGGAGACCUUUAUACAACCAGGUGUCUACUAUCGUUUCUCACCCGAGAACUUUGAAUCAGCAAUAAGGAGGAAUUGCUCACAGCUGGAAGAUAUCCUUCAGAUACAGCCAAGAGACUUCCAAAGGAAUUAUUGGCCCAGACAAAAUGGACGGGUGGUGUACCUGCUGUAUGAAAUCAGGUGGAGAAGAGGUUCCAUCUGGAGGAACUGGUGCUUGAACAACCACGAACAACAUGCUGAAGUCAACUUCCUGGAAAAUCAUUUCAAUGACAGGCCACAAACUCCUUGCUCCAUCACCUGGUUCCUUUCAACUAGUCCCUGUGGAAAGUGCUCCAGAAGGAUUCUGGAUUUCCUGAGGUCGCACCCUAAUGUGACCUUGGUAAUAUAUGCAGCCAAGCUGUUCAGGCACCACGAUAUCCGCAACCGACAAGGCCUCCGCAACCUGAAAAUGAACGGAGUCACCAUCCGUAUCAUGAAUCUUGAAGAUUACAGGUACUGCUGGAGAAAUUUUGUUGCAUACCAAGCUGGAGAAGAUGAUUAUUGUCCCCAGAACGUCACUGUAUACUUCCUUCUUAAUUGCACAGAACUCUUUCGUAUAUUUUUGGUAAGUAGACACCUGAAGAAAACACCUAGAGCAAAAAUAAAUGCAAAAAAUCCAAGGAAAAGGAGAUUUGAAUGA